AUGGCGGGCACUUCGCUAGCGAUGCGUUCAAUGGCCUCCCGGCAGCUGUUCUCGCUGUCGCGCCGCUCCAUCGCGACUUCGCAGGCCCUCCGCGCAGAGCCGCUCCGCCCAAACUUCCAGUCCAUCUCGCGUAUGGCUCGCCGCGGUUACGCUGAUGCCGCUCCUUCGCCUUCCCCUUCGCCUGCUGCUCCCUCCCCCUCCCCUGCUCCCAAGCCCAAGAAGCGCUUCCGUUUCCUGCGCUGGGCAUGGCGUCUGACCUGGCUGUCCGGCCUCGGUCUUACCGGUGCCAUGGUCUACAGCAUCUACUCCCUUCGUCACCCCGAGGAGCAGUUCGAGCCCUCUCCCGACAAGAAGACCCUCGUCAUUCUCGGAACCGGUUGGGGUGCUGUCUCCCUGUUAAAGAAACUCGAUACCGAGAACUACAACGUCGUCGUCGUCUCCCCCCGUAACUACUUCCUGUUCACUCCCCUGCUGCCCUCAUGUACCACCGGUUUGAUCGAGCACCGCUCGAUCAUGGAGCCCAUCCGCAACAUUCUCCGUCAGAAGAAGGCCACCGUCAAGUUCUUCGAAGCCGAAGCUACCAAGAUCGACUACGAGAAGCGCAUUGUUCACAUCAGUGAUGACUCUGAAAUUAAGGGUGACAUCUCUGACACUGAGGUCCCCUUCGAUAUGCUGGUCAUCGGUGUUGGUGCCGAGAACGCUACUUUUGGUAUCCCUGGUGUUCGCGAGAACUCGUGCUUCCUGAAGGAGGUCAACGAUGCUCAGAACAUCCGUAAGCGCGUCAUGGAUUGUGUCGAAACUGCUAUGUUCAAGGAUCAGACCGAAGAUGAGGUUAAGCGUCUGCUGCACAUGGUUGUCGUCGGUGGUGGCCCCACUGGUGUCGAGUUCGCCGGUGAGCUCAAGGACUUCUUCAACGAUGAUCUGAAGAAGUGGAUUCCCGAGAUUCAAGACAACUUCCACGUUACCCUGGUCGAGGCCCUGCCCAACGUUCUGCCCAUGUUCUCCAAGCAACUGAUUGACUACACCGAAUCGACCUUCAAGGAGGAAGAGAUUACCAUCCGCACCAAGACCAUGGUUAAGAAUGUCACCGACAAGUAUAUCGAGGCCCAGGUUACCAACCCUGACGGAUCCAAGUCUAUCGAGAAAAUUCCCUACGGUCUCCUGGUCUGGGCUACUGGUAACGCUGUUCGCCCUGUCAUCCGCGAUUUGAUGGGCCAGAUCCCCGCCCAGAAGGAUUCCCGCCGUGGUCUUGCUGUCAACGAGUACCUUGUCGUGAACGGUGCCGAGAACAUCUGGGCCGUUGGUGACUGUGCCAUUACCAACUAUGCUCCCACCGCUCAGGUCGCCGGUCAGGAGGGUGCUUUCCUGGCCCGCCUCUUCAACACCAUGGCUAAGACCGAUGCCAUUGAGAAGGAGCUCCAGCACCUGUCCGACACCCAGUCCCAGGCUAAGUCCAACGAUGAGCGCAACCAGAUCCUCGAUGAGAUCCGCGAGCGCCAGAAACAGCUGCGCCGCACCAAGCAGAUCGGUCCCUUCCAGUACUCCCACCAGGGUAGCUUGGCCUACAUUGGCAAGGAGCGUGCCGUUGCCGACAUCUCCUGGCUCUCCGGAAACAUUGCUAGCGGUGGUACUCUGACCUACCUCUUCUGGCGCAGUGCCUACCUGAGCAUGUGCUUCAGCUCCCGCAACCGUGUUCUGGUCGCCUUUGACUGGAUCAAGGCCCGCCUGUUCGGCCGUGACGUCUCCCGCGAGUAA